UCGAUAUUGAGGUGUAUUUAAUUAUUUUGGAACUUUUGCCAAACUAAAUAAACAUUAUCAUAUGAGCUUAAUUAAAUUAGUUAGCUAUGUGUUUUGUGGAUUAAAUCAAUUAGUUGAAUGUCAUUUUCAUAUAUAUAGGGAGGAGGAUGGUGUAAUAAUGUGACAAGUUGCCUUGCUCGAAAGGGGACCCGAUUGGGUUCCUCGAACCAAAUGGUUAAGCAGCUUGCUUUUUCUGCAAUUCUUGGCAAUGAACAACGAUUUAAUCCCGACUUCUACAAUUGGAAUAGAGUCCGUGUUCGAUAUUGUGAUGGAUCAUCGUUCACCGGCGACAUAGAAGCCGUCAAUCCUAAAACUAAACUUUACCACAGAGGGGCGAGGAUCUUUGUUGCCAUCAUGGAAGACUUAUUGGCCAAAGGAAUGAAAAGUGCUAAAAAUGCAAUUCUAACCGGAUGCUCUGCCGGUGGAUUAGCAUCGAUGCUUCAUUGCGAUAACUUCAAGUCUCUUUUCACCACACACACCAAAGUGAAGUGCCUUUCCGAUGCUGGUUUUUUUAUUAAUGCGAAAGAUAUUUCAGGGGCACCUCACAUUGAAAGAUACUUCCAAGAUAUUGUUACUACACAUGGCUCAUGGAAGAAUUUGCCCAAAUUAUGUACCUCAAGAUUGAAGCCGAAUUUGUGCUUUUUUCCACAAAACUUCGCCGGAGGAAUACGCACUCCACUUUUCAUUAUAAAUGCUGCCUACGAUUCAUGGCAGGUGAGGAAUACUUUGGUGCCCGUCGAUGCAGAUUUGCAUGGUGCUUGGCGCAUUUGCCGGGGAGACAUUACCAAAUGCUCGCCGGCUCAGCUUCGGACAUUACAAGGGUUCAGGUCGGAGUUUAUAAAUGCAGUGAAUGGAUUAGGGCAUUCUACUUCGAGAGGCUACUUCAUCAAUUCUUGUUUUACUCAUUGUCAAUCCGUCUUCCAAGAUUCUUGGUUUACCAACAAUUCCCCGUCUUUAGAUGGCAAGACAAUUGCCAAAGCAGCUGGGGAUUGGUUUUACGACACAAGUUCAUUUCAGAAGAUUGACUGUCCCUAUCCUUGUGAUAAAAACUGCCACAACCGGAUUUGAAAUUGAUCCUUGCAAAACAGAAUGAUGAAACAAUAAAUAUAACG